AUGAGCGAUGUCACUGAAGACGAGCUGCAAAUGAUUAUGAAUGAGCGAUCUGACUCAGAAUUUCACGCGGCUGCUCCUACUUAUUUCUACACCUUUCUAGGUGGCAAGACGGCCAGCUCUCGAUUGGAUAGGUGGCACGUCACCCCCGGCAUUGAGAUCGGAUCCGAGAUGUACACCAAUCCGUUCCUAAUCCCGCAGGCGAUCACAAUGGUGUUACGAGCUGACUCGGGUAUCCAAUGUGUACAGUACGCGUUCGCCAGCCCAGGCGAGUAUACCCGGUCCCUCGUUGUGCGAAAUACGCAACGUAAAGAAAUGUUCGUAUCGCCCUUGAUAUUCCGAGAUGCACAGUCGCAGGAGCCGCUCGUCUACUACUUCAAAUUUCAGUCUACACACGAUAUGUUUGAAUGGAGGGAUCGAUGGAAGAAAAAGUACUUUAGGUAA